AUGGAUCUAUGGAAAAACAUUGGGUCCAAUAAAAUACCCACCGACCACGAGGAGAAGUUGAAGUACAAUGCAGAGCAACUCGUUUGCUCCGCUGAUGUUCAGGAAUAUAAUGUGAUGAUCCAGGAAGGACUCGAAUACUCCUAUGUAACAAAUGGGAUUGCCCGUGUUCUUCUUCGUGUUCUUCUUCGUGUUCUAUAA